AUGACGGUAUGUGAAAUAUCUUGCACAACAUUAAUGUGUAAAAUAUAGCUUGUUAUGUUGAAUGGUUAACAACUAUUUUCUUCAUAUUUUGUGCUCUAGUUGACAGUGGUAGAGAAGAAUGAUGGUAGUUAUUUGUCCGCUGGGGAAGUAAGCUUCUUGCCUAACAGUUUCACUGCUUUUAUUUUGUUUUGUAUUUUAUUUUUCAUUAUUUUUUUUUGUUUAAAGGCCCCACUACCAAUGGUUUUUGGAUUCUUUGCUGUGGUGUUUUGUAUUUUAUCAUGUAUUUGGUUUUAUGUUCUUCGACAAUACUGGUAAGACGCUGUGUUUCCCAAAAAGUAUGCUUAUAUACAGCUUGUCAAACAUUUUUCAUGGUAGUACAAUUUAUUUUCAUAUUUGUAUAUAGGUCUGAAACAUUCAAAGUUCAUUACUUAAUGUUUCUUUUGGUAUCGUUGAAAGCCUUGGAUGUCCUCUUGAACGCUGUAAGCCAUGACAGAUUUAUAUUAUUUUGAGUAUUAUAUUUAUUUAUCAUGUAAGUUUGAGUAUGGUUUUGAACUUGUCCAGUUUGUUUUGAAUUGAGUCCGUUUAUUGUUGUUCUAAAGGUUAAUUAUUACUACAUUGGUCGAGAUGGAACGAAGGCAGAAUCCUGGGCAGUCCUACAUUAUAUUGCUCAUUUGUAAGUGAACUACUGGUUUUAACAACUUUGGUGAACAAUGUUCAAGCGGAAAAAGAUUGCGAACAGGACUCUAAGACCCAUGCGAGGCACUCUCUUGUUUCAAUUAUUAGGUGUAAAAAGAUAAUAACUGGUAAUCCUUAUUCAAAAAUUGAUAUCUUCUCCAUGUUUUAGGUUUAAAGGUGGUCUUCUCUUUACAACAAUAAUUCUUCUUGGAACUGGCUACUUCUUUAUUAAACAUGUUCUGUCUGGACGAGAUAAAAAGAUAUUUCUUAUUGUCAUUCCAUUACAGGUAACAUUUUUUCCAAGUUUGAAAAAGCUUAGUAAAAUUUUCGAAAUAAUUUUUCAGGUAUAUGACUACAACAAGGCACUAUAGUCAUUUGCAAUCUCAAUUUGUUAAGAAGGAAUUUUUUUUUGUUCUGUAGAUAUUUGACAACAUUGCUUUGAUUAUAAUGGAGUCAACAGAAGAAGCCCAGGCUGAUUAUAUUACUUGGAUAUCCUUUUCAUGA